CGUUACUGCCGUAAAUAGACCGCGACUGUCGUAUAUUGCACAAUGCUUCUACGGAAGAAAAUGAAAUAGAGAUCUUCUGUAUUAUUGACUGACAUGCUGAAUAAAGGAGAGAAAAAUGUUGAAGACACCGGUUUUAUGUCUGUAGGAGACCUAAAUGUGAAUUAAGUAGUCCAGUCUCGACCAGAGAAUGGACUACGACAGGACUGUUUUGGUGACUGGAGGCUCUGGAUUCAUUGGCUCCCAUCUAGUGUGUUCACUGGUCAACACACACCCAGACUGGAGAGUUAUUAACCUCGAUAACUUGGAAUACUGCUGCAGCCCAAGGAGUCUGGAGAGCAUUGAAGACAGAACAAACUAUACUUUUAUAAGGGGGGAUGUGUGUAACUCCCAGCUGGUAAACCACAUUUUCAACACAGAACACAUUGAUGUGAUCUUCCACCUGGCAGCUAAAACCCACGUUGAGUCGUCGUUUGAAUGUCCGACCAGUUUCCAGCGGGUUAACAUCACUGGUACCGGAGUUUUACUGGGAGCUGCCCAUCAGGCCCGACACCAGCCGCAGUGCUUCAUCUACGUCAGCACUGAUGAAGUGUAUGGACCCAGUCUGGACGAGGUAUUUGAUGAGAGCAGUCCAGUGAGACCCUCCAACCCAUAUUCUGCUACUAAAGCAGCUGCAGAGUACCUGGUCAGGUCCUACUGGGACAAAUAUAAGUUUCCUAUCAUCAUUACCAGGAGCAACAAUAUCUACGGGCCCAGGCAGUACACCGAGAAGGUGAUUCCCAGGUUUCUCACCCUCCUGCAAACGAAUAAAAAAUGCACCAUCCAGGGAACCCUCCCUAUAUCCCGCCAUUUCCUGUUUGUUGAUGAUGCCAUUAACGCUUUCCUGCUGGUCCUGGAGAAAGGGACUGUGGGAGAAAUCUACAACAUGGGGGCAAGCUGUGAGAUUCCCAUCAGGCAACUGGCCAGAGAGCUUGUUAAAAUGGUCAAGAAUGUGCCAGACUCUGAGGUGAAUAAUUGGCUAGAGUUUGUGCCUGACAGGCCGCAGGUCGACCUGCGCUACCCCAUCAAAUGUGAGAAGCUGCAGCAGCUUGGCUGGAGAGCUGAGGUGUCCUGGGCUGAAGGCAUCAGGCAGACCGUCAAAUGGUACAGAGACAACCUAGACUUCUGGUCAGAAGCAGAUGAGGACCAAGGACAAAUCGGAAGCCAGCUUGAAAGAGCUACAGCCAAAUAAGUGGCCUCUGCUGCGCCCUGCAGCUUAACCGACAGGACACAGCGUGAACUGCCAACAUAAAAUGAUUUCACAUGAUCUUUGUGUAGUUCAGCGGCUGAAAUAACCAUCACUGAACACACAAACAUCACUCUUACUGUACAGAAUUGGUUCUUAUUCUGACCUGUCUCUAAAUGAUCACUGGACCAAGUGGUGGUGAAGUGCUAGUCAACAGGAAGGCAGAGCCAAUGCAAAGGUUCACCUGGAAAUGAAAGCACUUUAUCUUGAUAUUAAUUACUGAGCCAGGUGAUGUUGACAAGUGGUCUUAUUUGGCUCAGCUUGGGGGAGUGUGCACAUUUAUAUGCUUCAACAAGACACGUUCCAGGCUUUAU